AUGGGGCGAAUAAUGGCUCGACACUAUGGCGGUGGUGGUGGCGGCGGCGGCGGUGCACUCUCCGAGGAGGCCACCUACGCAAUCAUUGGAGUUGUGGUCGCCAUCAUCAUCAUCUGGAUCAUCUAUAAGAUCUACAAGAGUUCCGCGAACAAAUCGGCUGCCGCUGCUCAGGAUCCCGAGGCUGCUGCUGCCACACCAACUGCUGUCCCCCAAGCCUCAACAGCUCAGGCACAGUACAAGCCCGUCCCUGCCACCACAACACAAGGAUACCCUGUCAUGACUCAACAACAGACCUACACCCCUGCCAACAACACCUACAAGCAGACCACCGCCUACGCACCCAUGAGUCCAGCUCCUACCUCAUACCCUCCCAUGUCUUCGCCUUACACCCCUGCAUCUUCCUACGCUCCUGCGUCGCCCUAUACCCCUUCGACGCCAUAUACCCCCACGACUCCCUACGCUGCCCCAGCAGUCUACCCUCCCAUGAGCCAGCCUGGAGGUUUCGCUGGUGGAUUCGCUCCCCCUGCUGGCGGUCAGUACCCUCCUCAACCACAACAGCCUGGUCAAAUUGGAGUCAACUUCCUGUAA